AUGCCCAUUAAUGACCCAGUAGCUGACAUGUUGACCCGGAUUCGCAAUGCGAUCCAGGCCAAGCAUCAGUCCGUGCUGAUACCCCAGUCCAAGAUCAAGGUUGCCAUUGCCGACAUUCUCAAAUCCCAGGGAUACAUCCGGGAUUGGGAAGAGGCCCGCGGUCAGAAAUUCGCCACUAUGCGGGUUCAACUGGCCUAUCGGGAAGGCGAACUGAGCGCGAUACGCGGCCUGAAACGAGUGAGCAAGCCCGGCCUGCGGGUACACGUCGGCCACGGCGAGAUUCCCCGGGUAUACGGCGGGUUGGGUAUCACCAUCAUUUCGACUUCGCAGGGAAUGAUGACCGCUCUGAUAAGUGUCGGCGUUGCCGAACGCGUCGCACCCACGGAACGCCCACUUUCGCGCAUUGGCCGCCAGCCGGUUGCGAUACCUUCCGGGGUAUCCGUAGAGGUGAUCUACGGUGGCGUGGUCGUCACCGGGCCCCGUGGCACCUUGACUCAAAAAUUCCACCCGGAAGUGAACGUUAAAGUGGGAGGCGGCCAGGUUGUCGUGGAACGGCGCACCGAUCGGAAAUUUCACCACGCGCUGCACGGCCUGACGCGCACACUGAUUGCCAAUGCCAUCGUCGGGGUUACCGAAGGUUACUCACGUACGCUGGAACUGAUGGGCGUGGGUUACCGUGUUCAACAGAACGGCGAAGGCAUCACCCUUAGUGUCGGUUACAGUCAUACCGUGGAGUUGUUCCCCGAGGAAGGGCUCACCAUGCAAGUGGAAGGCAACAACAGGGUUCAUGUUGCGGGUAUCGACAAGCAAAAAGUUGGCCAACUGGCGGCCAAAGUCCGCCGGGUUCGUCCGCCGAACCGUUACAAAGAAAAAGGCAUUCGCUACCAAGGCGAAGUGUUGCGCCUUAAACCCGGAAAGGCAGCUGCCCGCCGGGCCGUGUAA